UGCUGUUACCUCCCUCGGCGGUGAUGUCACCGGCUCAGUGGAGCUCGAGCAUCCUUACCAAAGACAGCCAGACAAUAGGGCCAUUUUGACCGCUUUGGGGUGUGAAGAAGCGGCCGAGCAUCCAAACACAACCCACCGGCCACCUUCCUUUCCUUCCCGGCUCCCCCCACACCGACGAGGCAGGGCAGAGGGGGGUGGGUUGGCGGGUACGAGGACACCGUCGCGCGGUCACCUCCUCAGCCCUUCCCGUUUUCAUGGAGAGGAGAGGCUGUUAGCAGGGGCAGAGCCAGACCUGCUGGAGGAGACCAGAGGAGGUGGAAGGAGCUCCGGAGCUGGAUAAUAAAACAAGACGAGCACGACAAACACGGUCUGUGCACGGGAGCAGGACGGUAACGGCACUGCGGAGAACCUGCAGGCCCUUCACCUGGGCACUAAAGAAGGCACCCCAAGGUGCUAGGACAAAAGCACCAUGGCAGGGGCCUCUGUGAAGGUGGCGGUGCGUGUCCGCCCCUUCAACUCAAGAGAGAUGGGAAAAGAAAGCAAAUGCAUCAUUCAGAUGUCUGGAAACACCACCACCAUCAUCAACCCCAAGCAGGCCAAAGACAACAAGAGCUUCAACUUUGAUUACUCCUACUGGUCCCACACCACGCCCGAGGACAUCAAUUAUGCCUCUCAGAUGAGAGUGUACAAAGACAUCGGAGAGGAAAUGUUGCUACAUGCCUUCGAGGGAUACAACGUUUGCAUCUUCGCUUAUGGUCAGACAGGUGCUGGCAAGUCCUACACCAUGAUGGGGAAGCAGGACGUCAAGGACCAACAAGGAAUCAUUCCCCUGCUGUGUGAAGAUCUUUUCACUAAAAUCAACGACAAUGCAGACAACAGCAUGUCUUAUUCUGUGGAGGUGAGCUACAUGGAAAUCUACUGUGAACGUGUGCGUGACUUACUGAAUCCCAAAAAUAAAGGGAACCUGCGAGUUCGAGAGCAUCCUCUGAUGGGACCUUAUGUGGAGGACCUGUCAAAGCUGGCUGUCACCUCCUACAACGACAUCCAGGACCUGAUGGACUCUGGCAACAAGGCCAGGACUGUGGCUGCCACCAACAUGAAUGAGACAAGCAGCCGCUCACAUGCCGUCUUUAACAUUAUAUUCACUCAGAAACGCCACGAUGCAGAGACUGAUAACACCUCGGAGAAGGUCAGCAAAGUCAGUUUGGUGGAUUUGGCUGGCAGUGAGAGGGCAGAUUCUACCGGAGCUAAAGGAACCAGGCUCAAGGAAGGAGCAAAUAUCAACAAAUCUCUAACUACACUGGGAAAAGUCAUCUCUGCUUUAGCUGAAGUGGACUCUAUGUCAAACAAGAAUAAAAAGAAGAAAAAGGUGGAAAGCUUCAUCCCCUACAGAGAUUCAGUUUUGACCUGGCUGCUGAGAGAAAAUUUAGGGGGGAAUUCUCGUACUGCGAUGGUCGCUGCCCUGAGUCCAGCUGACAUCAACUACGAUGAGACCCUCAGCACACUCAGGUACGCAGACCGCGCCAAACAGAUUCGCUGUAACGCUGUGAUCAAUGAGGAUCCCAACAAUCGACUAGUGCGCGAGCUGAAGGAGGAGGUGUCUCGUCUGAAAGACCUCCUCUACGCCCAGGGCCUGGGUGACAUCAUUGAGACAUAUCGAGCGUCUGCCCCUGACAUAGAGGGUUUGAAAUACCUAUCCGAUUACAAGAACAAUAACAAUAAAGGCCAAGCUGUGAAUCAAAGAGAUGAUCUCUCCACAGUGACCAAUGCCAUGACGGGGAUGAGUCCCUCUCCGUCUCUCUCAGCCUUGUCCAGCCGUGCUGGAUCCAUCGCCAGUCUUCAUGACCGCAUCAUGUUCAGCCCGGGCAGCGAAGAGGCCAUCGAGAGGCUGAAGGAAACAGAGAAAAUCAUCGCUGAACUUAAUGAGACUUGGGAAGAGAAACUUCGCCGAACAGAAGCCAUUAGAAUGGAAAGGGAGGCCCUGCUGGCAGAAAUGGGCGUAGCAAUGCGAGAAGAUGGCGGAACAGUUGGCGUGUUCUCUCCCAAGAAGACGCCUCAUCUGGUGAAUCUCAACGAGGAUCCUCUGAUGUCUGAGUGCCUGCUGUACUACAUUAAAGACGGGAUCACCAGGGUAGGUCGUGUUGACGCCAGCAGCCGUCAGGACAUCGUCCUCAGCGGCCACUUCAUCAAGGACGAGCAUUGCACCUUCACCAGUUCUACUGGUGCAACAGGAGAAAUAGCAGUUGUGCUGGAGCCCUGUGAAGGAGCUGAGACUUAUGUCAACGGGAAGAGAGUGACAGAGCCCACUGUCCUCAAAUCAGGAAACCGCAUCAUCCUGGGGAAGAGCCAUGUGUUCCGGUUCAACCACCCUGUGCAGGCCCGGGCAGAGAGGGAGAGGACCCCGUGUGCUGAAACCCCUGCUGAGCCCGUUGACUGGGCCUUCGCCCAGAGGGAGCUGCUGGACAAACAGGGCAUCGACAUGAAACAGGAAAUGGAGCAGAGGCUGCAGGAGUUGGAGGACCAGUAUCGCAAAGAAAGAGAGGAGGCUAACAACCUUCUGGAGCAGCAGAGACUGGAUUAUGAGAGCAAGCUGGAGGCUCUUCAGAAGCAAGUGGACCGUUACUACCCAGAUGCCCCUGAAGAAGAGGAGGAGCCAGAGGAGGAAGUGCAAUGGACAGAGAGGGAAAGAGAGCUGGCUGUGUGGAGUUCCCGUAAGUGGCGGUGCUACCAGUUCACCUCUCUCCGUGACCUGUUGUGGGGGAACGCCAUCUUCCUGAAGGAGGCCAAUGCCAUUAGCGUGGAACUGAAGAAGAAGGUCCAGUUCCAGUUUGUGCUGCUCACAGACACGCUCUACUCUCCCCUGCCUCCAGACAUGUUGCCCCCAGAGGCAACUAAGGACAGAGAGAAGCGACACUUCCCACGCACCAUUGUGGCUGUGGAGGUGCAGGAUCAGAAAAAUGGAGCCACCCACUAUUGGACAUUAGAGAAACUAAGGCAGCGGCUCGAUCUGAUGAGAGAGAUGUACGAUCGUGCUGCCGAUGUGCCCAACAACACCACUGAAGACGGUGAGAAUGUGAUGACCGGAGGAGACCCUUUUUACGACCGCUUCCCCUGGUUCCGUCUGGUCGGCAGAAACCCCAUUUUCAACACAUGCAUGAGCGAGCGCAUGAGUGACCCCACCCCAUCCCCGACCCUCUCCAACUCUGAAAUUACUGAGCUGGCUGACCCGCAGCUGGAGGGUCGAGGGGAGGAGGAGGAGUUGGAGGAGUUGGAUGACCUGGACGAUGAUAUCUUUUUGGACGACCCGUGCUCGGAGCUCGGGGGAGAGGAUGAUGAUGAUGAUGAUGAUGAUGAUGAUGAUGAUGAUGAUGAGGGAGAGCUCUGCCGAGGCUCCAGCGAAGGCCAGGAUCCCUUUUACGACCGCUCACCAUUAUUCAGUGUAGUGGGAAGGGCUUUUGUUUAUCUGAGUAACCUGCUGUACCCGGUUCCUCUCGUCCACCGUGUGGCCAUCGUCAGCGAGAAGGGCGAAGUGAAGGGCUUCCUCCGGGUGGCGGUGCAGGCUAUAUCAGGUGCUUUGUGUUUCCCUCCAGCUGAUGAGGAAGCUCCAGACUACGGCUCAGGAGUGAGGCAGUCAGGCACUGCCAAAAUCUCAUUUGAGGAUCAGCAAUAUGAAAAGUUCCAGUCUGAAACCUGCUCAGUAGGACUGUCCCGUACAGGGAUUUCACAGGAGGAGCUGCGCAUAGUGGAGGGGGAGGGGCAGAACGCAGAACUGGGACCCUCAGCUGAUGAGGUCAACAACAACACAUGUGCGGCUGGUGCGGAUGAGCUGGAGACUCCACUGAAGAGUGUGGAUGGAACGCUUGACACGACUUUGGAGCACCUGAGGAUCGGUAACAUUUUUACCUUCAGGGUGACGGUCCUGCAAGCCUCCAGCAUCUCUGCAGAAUAUGCUGACAUCUUCUGCCAGUUCAAUUUCAUCCACCGCCACGAUGAGGCCUUCUCCACUGAACCCCUAAAGAACACAGGCCGCGGCCCGCCUCUCGGCUUUUACCAUGUGCAGAAUAUUGCUGUUGAAGUGACCAAAUCCUUUGUCGACUACAUCAAGACUCAGCCAAUUGUGUUUGAAGUGUUUGGACACUACCAGAAACAGCCUUUCCUCCCACUUUGCAAAGACGUCAUCAGUCCACUGCGUCCCUGCAGAAGACAGUUCCCACGAGUGAUGCCUCUGUCCAAACCAGUUCCUGCCACCAAGCUGACAGCGAUGACCCGCCCGCAGGCAGGACCUUGUCACUGCAAAUAUGAUCUCAUGGUAUUCUUUGAGAUCUGCGAGCUGGAGGCCACUGGAGACUACAUCCCUGCUGUGGUGGACCACAGAGGAGGAAUGCCUUGUCAUGGCACAUUCCUGCUGCACCAGGGCCUGCAGAGGAGAAUCACUGUUACCAUUGUACAUGAGUCAGGAGGGGACAUGGAGUGGAGGGACAUACGUGAGCUUGUUGUGGGUCGUCUCCGCAACACCCCAGAAGCUGAUGAGACAAUCAUUGACCCUAAUAUUCUCUCUCUCAACAUCCUGUCUGCUGGGUACGUCAGGCCCAUGCAGGAUGACCGACAGUUUCUUGAUUCGGACAUGCCUAGCAUUUCCUUGGGAGUUGACCAUAGGACUUUCUACCGCUUCGAGGCUGCCUGGGACAGCUCCAUGCACAACUCCCUGCUACUAAAUCGAGUCACUCCAUAUGGGGAGAAGAUCUACAUGACCCUCUCAGCCUACUUAGAGAUGGAGAACUGCACCCAGCCUGCAAUCAUAACCAAAGAUAUCUGCAUGGUGUUUUACUCUCGAGACACAAAGCUCUCAGCCUCCCGCUCUAUCCGAAACCUGUUUGGUACUGGAAGCCUCAGAGCGGCAGAUGGAAACCGUGUAACUGGCGUUUAUGAGGUCAGCCUAUGUAACCUGGCAGAUGCAGGAAGCCCAGGUAUGCAGAGGAGACGCAGGCGGGUGCUGGACACCUCAGUGGCCUACGUCCGUGGGGAGGAGAACCUGGCUGGGUGGAGGCCCCGUAGUGACAGCCUCAUUCUGGACCACCAGUGGGAGCUGGAGAAACUCAGCCUGCUGCAAGACGUGGAGAAGACCAAACAUUAUCUACUGCUGAGGGAGAAACUGGAGUCCACCCUACUCAUGGGCCAGGAGUCCCUGCAGUCCUGCCUGACCGAGGAGCUGAGUGACUCUCCUCAGCCCCCUGAGGUCGACCCAGAGGUCAGCUCCAGCUCUGAAAUCACCACUGAGAGGCAGAGGGAGCUCGCUGCUAAGUGUUUGCGGCUGCUCACCCACUCCUUUAACCGAGAAUACAGCCACGUGUGUGUCAGCGCCAGUGAAAGCAAGAUCUCAGAGAUGUCAGUGACGAUUCUUAGAGACUCCGCUUCAAUCUCUGCUCUCAACACAAUCACACCCUCCUCUACAUGCCCUUCGCUGGUUGAGGGUUGCUAUGGAAAUGCCGAACUCAGACCCCCUAUGCCUCGCUCUCGUGCCGUCAGUCCCACCCCUGACACACAGCAAGACGGUGAGGCCAAGAAGUCCGUCAAUGGAGCCCCUGACACCAAACCACGCAUCCGCAAAUUUGUCCCUGAUAUCCAAGAAAUAAGAGUCAGCCCCAUUGUGUCAAAGAAGGGUUACUUGCAUUUCCUGGAGCCACACACCAACGGAUGGGUGAAGCGCUAUGUUGUUGUUCGACGGCCGUACGUCUACAUCUACAACACGGAGAGAGACUCUGUGGAGCGGGCUAUCCUCAACCUCUCCUCUGCCCAGGUGGAGUACAGUGAGGACCAGCAGGCCAUGCUGAAGACUCCGUACACGUUUGCCGUGUGCACAGAACAUCGUGGAAUAUUGCUUCAAGCCACUAAUGACAAAGAGAUGCACGACUGGCUGUACGCAUUUAAUCCUCUCCUCGCUGGAACUAUCAGGUCAAAGCUGUCGAGAAGACGAGCCGGACAGAUGAGGAUGUGAAACAAGACCCUGAGCAAACCUCAUGACAGAAGGAUGAGCGCAGAGACUAAGAUGUACAUAGAUUCUUGUCCUGAUCCCGCCCCUUGUGCUGAGCCCCCACCCCCACCCCUCCAUUACCACCGUCACCAACAACCAUCUCUCCCCUCUGUACGUCCUCAGUUUAUCACUAGUGUCCUCAGCACCUAAAGCGCCCAUUUCGUGUCAGGCCUUUGCUGCGGUGUGAGUCUCGUAGUCUGAAGAACCUCUUCAAAAAGCUGUCACUGUACUGUACUGGAGUUCAUAGCUGGACGGAUGGAGACAAUGGAGGAAGUAGCAACAGUUUCUUAGCUCAGAUUACAUACGUAUGGUAAUGUACUGUAGUUGUUGUCAGUGACACAUCGAGCCUUAUGCAUUUACUCCUUAAAAAAAAUGCAGUGACAUUUAUUUUUACUUAAAGCUGCCAUGUCAGUGAGGAUCACAUCGCUACAUCAGUAAAUAGAAAAUCAUGCAGAUUCUUCUCUACUCUACAGCUAUAUAUACAGUGUCUCAACUGGUUUGCAUACAGCUAGAAAAUACACGCUAGAAUUUAAAAAAAAUGACAGAUGAGUGUAACUCUUUAGAAUAACUCUCUUUUCUUUCCAGUCCAUAAAUUCUGACAUUGAGUAAUCUGCCUCUUCUUCCUGAAACUUCUUAGAAACGUUAGCACACACAGCCUGGCAACGGAAUGGCAUCUCAUCGUAGACUUCAUGUUCUUGUGGCAUUUCAUGUCGUUUUAGCUACGUGUAGGAGCACCAAGGGUAUCUACAUUCACACGAUAAGUAAUCGAACGUCAUCACCAUUAAUCCUCCCGAUUUAAUCGCAUUCUCUACCUGAAUUUUGUUUUAAAAUGUGAUAUAUUUAGAUAUUUAACAGCUUUAUUAUUUAUUUCUGCAUGUAUUUAUUUACAAAGACAUUUAUAUUUCUAAAGUAGUAGUACCGUGCAAUUUCUGCACACCGCACUUUUUAAUAUGAGUUCCUUAAAUGUUUGAAUAAUACGACCUCGCCCCCCCAUGCAGUUAAUGCUGCUUAAACAGUUUAAUGACUUUAUGAUUGGCCGCUUUUCUUGUGCUGAAGAUUACUUGAAUAAUACUAUCCCCUUUAAGAUUAGGAUCGUCCCACCUGACCUUUGACCCCACUAAUAUACAUCAGAAAAAGGCCAAUAUAUUGUUUAGGUAGAGAAUAUUAACACAAAGCUACCUUGUUAGAUGAUCAAACGUAUAAACUGUUCGUCACAGAGCAGAAUAAGAAACUGGUUUUCUGAAUGAUAUGUAUAUUGAUUAAAUGUAGUGCCUCUCUUUUCAGUCAUACUGUACAGUAUGCCUCUGCACCAGUUGCUUUGAAACUACAUCCUCCAUGCUGCUAUAGUACUGUUCUGGAAGUGUCUGCAGGUCAUAUCACAUCACUUCAUGGUUUUCAUCAUCAUCAUCACCUACAUAUUCAGUUAUGUACAUGUUACUUAUCUAAAGCAACUAAUGUCCAUAACACAGAGCAUACUUCAUGUUUAUACAUUGAAAAACCUACGUUAACAUAUUUCAGGAUUGUGUUAAACAAUCAUGGGGGAAAAAAAUCAAUGUGUUGACAGUAUCAAAGUGCAAAUUGCGCCUGUUUUUUCAUCAUGUGAAGCUUGAUUGAUGAGUGUGCCUCAGGUCAGCCAGCCUAGAGAGCACGCUCAGUGACAGUGGUGUGAAUACGACGAUCGAAAAGCAUUACACUGUAACACAGAAGCGCAAGAUAUUAUUUCUUUAAGUGUUGAAAAAUGAAGUAUGUUUUUAUUUUUGCUGCUGAUGUAAUCCAUACAAUACCUUACUCUACUUUACAAGGUACGUUUGGUAUUUUUGAAACUGGUCCUGUAUUAAAUGAGGCUGCAACGUAACUAUUUGCGUUAUGUCAACUAAAAGUACUUGUUGUUGCUGCUGUUUUGACGCUUUUUUUAAAAAUCUCUUUUUAUUUAGUUAUUUCAAGGUCCAGUCAGACAGCUUAAUCACACUCACAACUCAUAGCCCUGUAUUUACAGGCCUUCUGUCGGACACAGUUACAGCAGAAAGUAACAUGACAGUUAGUUACAGUGUGUAAUACAGGAGCCAAAUUGGACCUUCUUAAAUACAGGUAUGAACAUAAAAAAACUAACACAAAAAAAUACACUCAUGAUACUCUCAUCACUUUACAAACAAGGAUAAAAAAAUCUAUUACAAAUAAAAUGACACAGGUUUAAUGUACACCAUCCAAUUUUCCCAUCUUUUCAAAAACUUGUCCUGUUGCAGUCUGAUAGAAAAAGCAAUCUCAGAUUAGUAUUCUAAGUGUCUGACAGCAUUGUGGAAAGGAUCCCUACAGAGACAGACCUUUUUGUUUAAGAGUAAGAUCCUUUUUGUUUAAUCAGAAACUGAAACUUUUUGUUUAAUCAGAAACAGUUAUAAUUUAAAUGGAGUCUGGUGGGUUUGGUGAGGGUGAUUGUGAGGCUGUUUCUGGUUGAAUAAUAGGAUCUUCAGGGUGGCUGUGGGUCUUUAAAAAAUCCUAAAAUGUAUUAAAUAAAUUAAAAUUGGAUGUGUCACGUCACUGUGAGAAUUUCUGGUGUUGGUGCUAUGGGAAACAUUUUAGCAGGAAGGAAACACUACUUCGACACAACACCCGUACGUGCGUAAUGCCUCUAUAUUCGCCCCUGUAAUGCAUUUCACUCAUGCAGUGAGUCUGCAUUGUUAAAUGAAAGCCUGCAGGCCAGCCUGAACAUUAUUAUUUGUAUGCUUAGAGCAGUAAACAUGGAGAGCAUCGUCAGUGUCAUUUUACCUAAUAUAUAUUUUCAAUUUUUGUGCAUAUAUACGUGGCAAGUUUGUUCUUAAAUUCCAUUUAAAGUGGUAUUAAAUAUGUCUUUAAAAGUCUUAAACGUAGCUUAUUUAUAACAGUAGAUACCCUGAUCUUACUCUAACAACAAGCUCUAUCUCUGUAGGGAUCCUUUCUAUACCUCAUCAGACACCUAGCAUAAUAAUCUGAGCCUGUCAGCGGCAAAAACAAACAGUUAGUGGACGUAAAUUGAUGGUGCAAACAUGCCUUGAGUGGUUAUAUUACAGCCUGUUUCAUUGCUGGCCCAAUUUUAAAGAUGGUUGCUCCCAUUAGUCACUUAGACAAAAAUAAAAACAUGUGGAAACAGACACCAGCUUGAAAACCACCAGACUUAUCCUCAAAUCAUUUUCCCGAGGUUGGAAAGUAUUCUGUGUGUUGUGGACAUAUUGUAAAGUGAUCCAAUCAAAACAUGUUACUACCCUACAUGUGUGCACAACUGUCUGUAGUUGUCGCUAAUCAAAUAGUCUGUUAAUAUCCUUUUUUGUUGUGUAACACAUCCUGUGAUUGAUGUUAUGAUCAAAGUCUAUGACAGACUUUUUGGCAGAGGCUGCAGUCGUAUUUUAUCCAGCUAGAGCAUCAUCAUCAUCAUCGUUGAGGGAAUCCCCUGCUGUUCUGUGCAUUACACUGUCUCAAGCACUCAUUUCUGUCACGUUUCCUUCAAAACUUAAUCUUAUACGUGAGCCCGGGACUGCUCCAGUCUGAUCUCUGUGUUAACACUAUUCCUCUUGUUUUCAUUGGGCCUUUUAAUGUGCGUCACAUUUGAGCCAACCAAAGUUUUCUUGGUGCAGUCACACACACACACACAAAAAAAAAUCACACUGAAUGUACAUUGAUAUUUGAAAAUACUUAUUCUGCGGGAGUGGUUAUGUUGACCUGUCCUCUAUUUUCACAGUCUGGUUCCUUAUUGAUUGUAGUUUGGUUGCUAUCAGGGAACCAAAUGGAGGUUGUGGGAUAUACCUGUAAUAAUCUGUCCACUGAUGUGUGAGGGAAGGUUGGUUCAUUACGGCCCUGUUACUCAUCGCGUAGUGUACAGAGUAACGCUGUGAGUCACCUCUCUGUCACACCGUCACUCUUAUUUCAAUAUCUGCCGUCACCAUCCUGCUCUGACAGCCUUCACAAAUUCUACUUUUUCUAAUCCCUCCCCUCCCCUUUGAAGGAAUAUCAUUUACAUUUUUGUGCUUCCACAUCUGAUCUUUUUUUUUUCUUUCUUCAAAUUUCACUGGUACAUUUCUUUUUCUUUCCCUUCUUGAAAUU